UAGAGAAAUAAAUCCAGAAGAAGAGUGUUGAUCACUUGACCGGUAGCGGAUUCCUACUGUUUAGGAUAAGUUUUUGUUUUAUGUGUUUGUCGUUUUCCUCUUUUCUUUUGAUACGUAUAUUCGCGGGAAUAAUUGCAUCUCAACAACUGGUUCACAUACACUGUAAUGCUACAAACUUUUUUUUGUAAUAAUUGGUUACGCUCGGCUUUCAUGGGAAAUCUGGACUCAACGCUUUAACAUCUAUUUUGCAAUAAGAACCGUAUUUUUUGUACAUUAUAAGUUAAUCGUUGUCUGUAUAAACUUGUCCCGGCAUAUUCGACAAUGGGUUGUGUCUGUUCGCGCUGACACUUGCAUGUGUUUUCCAAACUAAACAUAAAUGGUUUAUAAAUCAUUGAAGUAUUAGAAACUGAUUAACGUGGAUAAGGAACAGAAUAUGGCUACAUCUGAGAUGAUGCUGAGUCUUGGACUAAUUGUAUGACUUUCAUCUGUUGAACACACAAGGGGAAGUUUGUCGAAGUGACAAUCAGUCACCAUUUACUUGCAUCAUGUGGGAAAGUGAAUGGUUACUGAGACUGUCCCUAGUAUUCGGUCUAACAUUUCAUUUUGUGAGAAAGAUGUAAAUGCAGACACACUCUGGGUUUGGUGUUAUCCUUCCAUCAGUGCUGAUCUGCGAGAGAUUCUGUUGAGAAAAUGUUGCCUACCGUUGAACAAUCAGGUGCUGCACACAUUUGUGUUUGGACAAUACUGCCGAACCUGGUACUACAUCACCACUGUCGAGGUUCAGGAGCCAACCGCACUUAAAAAGGUGACUCAUUUCUCAAUAGUUAUCACAGCUAAGGACUUUAACCCUGAAAAAUAUGCUGCAUUCGGUAGAGUUCUGUGCAGGACGUAUAUCAAACAUGGAAGUCCUGUGAAGAUGAUGGAAUGCUACAUUGCUGUUCUGACCAAAGGGAUAUGCCAGAGUGAUGAGAACGGCUCCUUCCUUAUCAAAGAUUACGACAUCAGAAAGGCCUACCUGGCUGGAUCCUUAAAAGAUGUUGUGUCCCAGUUUGGUAUGGAGACCAUCAUCCUUUAUACAGCACUAAUGUUGAAAAAAAGAGUAGUGGUCUAUCACCCACGUAUUGAGGCGCUGCUGGAGUUCACAAGAGCUCUUCCUGGAUUGGUAUGGCAUAGAAAAGACUGGUCCAUCCUCCACCCCUUUGUUCACCUGAAUGAUAAUGAGCUGGAAAACCUCAAACUGUGUACAGGAUAUGUUGCAGGCUUUGUCGAUCCUGAAGUCCGAGACCGAUCAGAUCUGUAUGAUGUGUAUGUUAAUCUUCCAGACAGUGAAAUCACUGUGUCACAAAGUGCCAAAGAGGCAAUGGCUAUGGGCAAACUCCAUAAAGAGAUCGGCAACUUCAUUCUCCAAGCUGCAGAGGACACCGAUCGCAUAGAUGCACAGGUUAUUAAGGAUAUUUCAGUAAAAACUAAGGAGAUCCUCAGUAACCUGAAGUCUCUUGCUGAUGAAGCGGAGAACUCUAAGUUGACUUUGGAGACCCUGAAGCAGCGGCACUACCCUCCAGCGACGGAGAACUUCCUCUUUCACUUAGCCGCCGCUGAGCAACUCCUGAAGAUCUGACCAAUCAGUGCAUCCCGUCCAACUGGCAUGCCUCACAGUUACUGAUCCGAGAGGAACUUACCAUUCAUUGUGUAAUCAUAAAAUUAACUAACAUUUGAAAUAAUUUCAGGUGUUCUGAACAGGGCAAAGGUCAUUUAAGAACAUAAAGAUUUGUUAUAAAGAUAUAAAAUACAGCUAUAACAUGAUAACUAUACCUCAUGGGUGUAAUUAUAUUGAAUGUAACAUUUCUAAGUGGUUUGAGAUAAAUAAUUCAGAAUCAAA